AUUGGGUUUCUGGUUCUGUCAUGGUCAAUUGGAUUCAUUCAUACCACAAGCCAAAUAGUUUUCAUGGUGGGUUUACCUUUCUGUGGUCCCAAUGUUGUGGACAGCAUCUUCUGUGACCUCCCUCUGGUCAUCAAGCUGGCCUGCACUGACACCUAUGUCCUGGAGCUCCUGGUGAUUGCRGACAGUGGGCUCCUGUCCCUGGUCUGCUUCAUCCUCUUGGUCAUAUCCUACAUCAUCAUGUUCGUCACCCUCUGGCGGCACUCCUCCAGGGCCUCCUCCAAGGCUGUGUCCACACUCUCUGCUCACAUCACUGUAGUGAUCCUCUUCUUUGGCCCUGCUAUCUUCAUCUAUUCUUUUCCAUUCAAUAGUUAUUCAGUAGAUAAGUUUCUGUCUGUGUUUUACACUAUAAUAACCCCCUUUCUUAAUCCARUGAUUUAUACUCUGAGGAAUCAUGAAAUGAAAGGAGCCAUUAAGAGACUGUGCAGUCAGAAUAGUGUUUUCUGUCUGGACAGGUAA